UUUGUCGGAUGUUAUGUAAACAUAUCCUAUUCUUCACUUUUUUAAAUUGCUUAUCAUUGGCGCUCACAACUGAUUUGAGCAAGUGGCAGCAUGUGAUUAAAUACAGCACAGAACGAAUCAUGAUUUGUGUGCUUUUAAAGAAACAAGUUGCUGUUUCAUCUUCUUUGUCUCUGCUGUUGUGUGUGUGUGUGAGUGUGUGUGUUUGGCCCGACAUUGUGAUUAUGUCUGCAAAAACAGAUGCCAGUUCCUGUGCUGCAUUUCUGAAGACUUCCAAGUCGCAGCGCAUCGGGGCAAGACGAGCUUCUUGAACAGGACUGCAAUCCAAGGAUGAAGCUGUUGCUUCAGUUGCUUCUGGGAUGGACCACCUUGCUCCUUCAGGCACAUCAUCGAGUCUCCCCGAGCAGGUUUUUCCCAACUCCAGUCAAGUCAUGUGAUGUGUUCAUUCUUCCUCCUCUUCCUCCUCCUCUCUUUCCUCCACUCCAGCAAAGAGCAGAAUUGACAGUUGAUAUAAGAGAACACAUCACAGGGCCAAAAGGAGAGAAGGGCUGUCGAGGAGCCAGGGGACCAAAGGGACAAGCGGGUGUGAUGGGUGUGGAGGGAGGAGCAGGAAAAAAAGGGCCCAUGGGAUCGAGUGGGCACCAGGGAGAGAAGGGCUACAGAGGCUGGAGGGGCCUCAAGGGAGAAAUAGGACCACCGUGCAUGGUGAAGGGAAAUAAAGGACGACCCGGAUUGCGGGGGGAUAAAGGCUUGAAAGGAGAUACAGGACCCAGAGGAGAUCCUGGUGAGCCAGGCAUCGCAGGGAUGUGCGGCGAGAAGGGUGACGCUGGCCUGUGGGGGGAGCCCGGUCCGAAAGGAGUGCAGGGCUCCAGAGGAGAGCCUGGUGGCAGAGGAAGCACGGGUUUGAAGGGAUCAACUGGGCUGACUGGAAAGAUGGGUCACCCUGGUUUGGUGGGACUUCCUGGUUUGAUUGGAGAGCCAGGACUUCCUGGACAAGUGUACUUCCUAGCAGGUCAGCGGGGGGAACCAGGAAGUCAAGGUCCUUCGGUCGCAUGCAGCUGUCCAAGGCAUCAAAUCCCCGAACGAUUGCCAGAUAGAGUCCAGAGGAUUUUUAUAGCAGAUGGAGAAACAAUGAUGAGGAGGCUGCAAGGGGAGAAUGUCAUGGUUCUCCGGACCGACAAACGUGCUCUCUACAUAUACAUCGAUGCCCAGUGGAUCGAUGUUCUGGACCAAGAACUCCAAAAGUGAAACCAUCCCCGCUUGAGUCCGCUCUCUCUUCCUCAAUGCACAUCGACCUGAGAUUCUCAACAUGUUCAUUUCAAGACGCAUGACCUUUAUUCCAGCAUUUUACCAUACUUGAAUAAACCACCAGUUUAAUUAAAAAAAACUUUUGAAUGCAAAUACAUAGAGCUGUAAAUUGUGACUGUGCAUCAAGCAUGACAAUGACCGCAGUUCAUAUGAACCUUGUCAUAAAUAAAUCUUGUUUGUUCAGUAAACUUCAGCCAUGAACAUACACGAUGUAAAUUGUGUAAAAUGUAAGUUACUCUACUUAAUAGGCCAUUAUUUUGGGAUUUGUAAAUGGAGCCGUUUUAGAUUCACUUUUAUUAUUGCUGGCAUCGGGCUGAACCCUUGUGUCAAAAUUGUGUAAAAUUCAUUACAUUUCACAAAUCCGUACCACUGGUCACUCCAUGUCAACCCACACACGUUUUUUUGUACAAUACCAUUUUUGGACCAACAUGAAGUGUUCAAAGUGGCUUGUUGUCCUUUAACAAACACCCCAUGUUUGAGGUCUCUUGACCGAUUUUGGAGGUUUAA